AUGCCCAUACCCCUCCUUCACUUCCCGUAUGUAGUCCAAAAGGAAAUCUUUAAAUCAAUGGAAUAUUGUGAACUGUUUAUAAUGUCUCUCUGCUCGAAGCGAAUGAAAUAUUGUGUGAUUCGAGCAAAACGAAAAGUGCACGAAUUAUGGUACGGUGUAAAUCCUGCCCUGAAGUUUAUUGCACUCCAGGAAGGGGAAAGCCCAGUCGACGUGAUAAUCGCAUUUGAUGAUCAGCCUGAGUUGAGUGGAAUGAAACCAAUGGAAUUGGAGAUUGGAGACAAUUUCAAAACACGCGGAAUUGCACCUCCUGAUUAUAAUCUCAACACAGGUCUAAUAAUCGAUCAGUUGGAAACAGAAGGAUUCAAUCCAACAAAACGCCCACAGUGGUAUCAAAUCGAUUUCAAGUGA